UCCUGCCACCAUGAUGGUUCAAGCUCGUGAGGUUUGAUGACGCUGCACCAUGUAUAGUGUGGAAGAUCUCCUGAUUUCUCAUGGAUACAAACCAGCGCGAGAUGCCCCAGCACCACGUGAGGACAAAUCAGAGCGAUGCAGGUCAAGAAGGACAGGACCCCAAGCUGGCCAAGGCCUGUUGAAUGGGUACAAGGAUGGUCCUACAGCCCAUGCCCACAGUAGGACAGCCCUAGGGACAGGACACGUGAGCAACUCUGAAAAGCACAGCAGCAAGCCAAGAGGCCACCGGGAGCACCAAAGCUCUUCUUCUAGAACUCCCGAGGCGGGGUUUUUAAAUCAACCCUCCUUAGCAUGGUCCUCUCAGCCCCAAAGUGGUAAAGACCACAUCUACUGGAGCAGAGGACGGCAGGAGGGCAGUGGUUCCCUGUGUCCCAGGGAUCAGGAAGAAGUGGAGGUCAGAAGAAUGGCUCAAGCUCACAGUCUGCCCAUGCAUGUGAGAGAGAGUCCAUGGGAAGUUGCCGGAAGGACAGAGCAUGUGAUGAAGAAUGCCCUUUGGGAAGCAGAGCUGAGAAUGCCAACUCCUGCUAAGUGGCAGGACAUAACCUUGGAAAGCUGGAAGCAGCCGAGGAAGUUAGGGAGGCAAGCAUCUGAUGGUGAUGGACAGAAAAGGUCCAAGGAAAGGUUCGAGGAUCUGUACCAGUUUGUCCAUGGAGAGCACAUGCUGACAUCUCAGAACAGAAAGAAAUCCCAGUCACUGCCCCGAGCUCUUUCCCCCAAGAGCCUGAAUUUCACAGAAAUUCCUGUUCCACUACAUGAUGGUCACAUAACAGGUGUCCCAAAAGUGCCACCAUACCCUCCCAGCUGCCCACCGCCUUUGGAACCCACAAGGAACCUUGAGAAGACUAGUUCCUCAGGCCCUUUUCCCAGGCCUAAGUUUGGGAAACCCCUUAAGACUCCAUCUCAUGGCUCGCAACCACAGCCCAGGGGAGAAGGUGGGUUUCAGGACCACCAGCACAGGGACCCACGUGGCUCCCACCCAACAAGGAGUAAAGAUCCUGGCCAUGAGUUGGGUAUGCUGGAUACUGGCUUGGAACCCCCUGUGUAUGUGCCUCCACCUUCAUACAGGUCACCCCCGCAGCACAUUCCAAACCCCUACCUUGAAGAUCCCAUUCCCAGGCAUGUGAGCAGCAGCCAGAGCCAGCAGCAGCAGCCUGAGAAACCUGAGGCCGGCUGUCUGCUUCCUUCUGGCUCCCCUGCAGCUAGGGAUCUCUACGAUGCAAUGCCUGGCUCUCCUCCUCCAGGUCCUCCUCCACAUCCUUAUCCCGUUGCCACCCAUGGGGGUUCUGUUCAGUACAUUCCUUUUGAUGAUCCACGGAUCCGACAUAUCAAACUAGCUCAGCCCCCGGAGUUCUAUGAAGAGGCAAGGCUCGAGGACACAUCCUACAACUCUGGUUUCAUUGCUACCCAGGAACCAGCUCUUGGGAAAAGACAGUACAAUGAUGCCCUUUCAGCACCACGGGGCCCAAUACCCCCACCAGUCAAUGAGCGGGGGUCUGCCUUCGCCCAUUCCAGUCCUCAGUGGCUGCAGGGCCAGCUCCCCAUGGCCAGUGAACCUGGAGGCUUCCCUGGCCAAACAGAGCAUCAUGGCAUGCGAGGAUUGACAGCUGAUGUGAGAGACAGCACGGUAGAAAGCCACGCCUCUUCCCCACGGCCACAGAGUGAGGGAACCUGCAGAACCCACACAAAGCUCAGAAAGUUUGAAACUGGGAUUCAGAGCAGGAAAAGUUCAAAGAAAAGUAACGCAACCAUAUUUUGUUUGGUUUCCGUCCCAGUUAAAUCUGAGUCACUUGUGCCAGAUACGGAUACAAACAACAAUGACUUAAAGCCGGGAGCUGAUAAGAACCAUGGGCUGUAUCAGGGUCCAGCCCUGGAGGAGCAGAGUCUGCUGAGUAUGUCUUCCACUGACCUGGAGCUGCAAGCCCUCAUGGGAAGCAUGGCCUGGAGAAGAACAUCCCCAAGGCAAGUUCUGGGGGAGUCAGAAGAUGGCCAAACCGAUGACCCCAGAAACCUCCACCUCAUCAAACCCAGAGAAUUCCGGGCUUCCGGCUCAUGGCCAGGACAUCAGUACAGAGAUCAGCAGACCCAAACCAGUUUCCCCGAAGACUCCAAAAGCUCACAGCUCCUCCCUGCCACAAAGCCAGGAGAGGCCAGCAAUGCAGCGCUGACCCCAACAUGCCCAGAUGACGCUGCCUCUGAAGUACACCUGCAUGCGGCCUUAGCAUCCAGUGACCCCAGUCAGAAGCCCAGUGUACCUCACCUCCGCGGGCAAAUGUCCCUCAGCCCAUCUCGAAAUAGUGCUUUCUCAAGGACUUCCUCAACCAUAAACCAGACGUCUAUGCCCAAAGGGGCUCCUGGCCAGCUCCCUAGUGCCAACCCUGUACCCAAGCCAGAGGUGGUGAAGGGGGAGUCCACAGUAGGCCAAUGCAAUAGCACACAACUCUUUGGUCAGUUUCUCUUGAAACCAGUAAGCCGGCGGCCCUGGGAUCUGAUAAGUCAGUUAGAAAGCUUUAACAAGGAGCUUCAGGAAGAGGAAGACAGCCAUGGUGUUAGCAGUGGGGGCGGUAGUGAAGACAGUGAGGCAGAACAGCCAGAGGACUAUGCUGACUCCAGUGCCAAGACCAGGGGCCACCAGGAAACUAGAAGAGAACAGCGGCCUGCAGAGCUGGCGCUGGGGGAAGCAGGGCCCCCAGGAGGAAGACUUGGUGAGUCACAGAGUCGGAGCAAGGAACCAAAACCUGGCCACCCGUGUGCCCGUUCACAGGCUCUGGGGCCAUCCCAGGAGGAAGACAGCAGAGGCGUUCCAGUCCAGUGGGGACAUGGAAACCUGUCUGCAGAGCAGAAAAGCCAGGAGGCUUUGAAUGGGAUGUGUGAGCGAGACAUUAGCCCAAGGCCUGUGAGCAGGGUUGCGCCGGUUGACACACAAGCAGCGUCUUUGUUCUGUCUGGCGGAACCGAGAGGAAGUCAAGAACUCACCAAAGUCAACGAUGCUUUAGGGUCUGUGCAGCUGGGCAGAGAGACUCCCAUAAGGGUGGAUAAUGGUGGGGACACCGAGGUCCUACCCUGUGUCCUGCCGCCCCUUGCUGACAGAUAUCGAGGCCUCUCAACACCGAACUUUCCGUCUUUAGAGCUCACACUGGGACAAGAACAGCGUGCCUACAAAUCAGAGUGUCAGGGUCUAGAGAGCACCGCUGAAGUCCUUCCAAGUGAGUCUCUGCAGGAAAGGGCAGAGAGGAUCCUGGGCAUUGAGGUAGCCGUGGAGUCCCUUCUGCCAGGUGCCAGGAGAACAGAACAGAGCCAGCUCCCCAAGCCUGGUACAAGUGCCUGCAGCCCAAGAUCAUCCAGAGAGGACUCACAGCCCAGCUCGGCAUCCCCAGAGGACCCCACAGUGGCCACUGAUGCUUUCUAUGGCAGGAGGAAGUGUGGCUGGACUGAGAGUCCUCUUUUCGUAGGAGAAAGGGCCCCCCAGGCUGCUGUGUGCUCAGAUGUGGAUGGGUUCCCUACAAGCCAGGCCACCAGUCCUGAGCCUGAGAAAAAGGAGGAGGCGAAACCACCCUUCAGGUCCACUCUGUUCCAUUUCAUGGAAAAGUCCACAAAUGUGGUGGGCCCUGAAAAGAGGCUCAGAAACUCUUCCGACAUAAUCGAGAGCUCCCAAGGAAAACUGGUGUCACUCCCUAAGAGGGCGGACUCAGCUCGCUUGGUCAGAAUGAGGGAGGUAAACUCCUUGUCUCAGAUGAGGUGUCUGAACUCCAAGAGUGCAGACUCCAUGGAGGAGCCGGACCCCUUAAAGGUCAUCAAGAGUUCAGCCUGGCCGUCAGAAGGCCUUACUUCCCCGAGUGGUAAAGAUCAGGCCUGGCAAGCAGAGUACCUGCCCUCUGUCUCUCAAAACGAAAACGGACACCCUGAAGUGAUAAGGGAGAAAAUGUCAGACCAGGACUUGUGGUGUGCAGAUUCCUAUGAUCCUAGCCGAGUAGAGAGGGUGUGACGGCUGCCCGUGGAGCUCCCAGCACCUCGGCUAGCAGAGCGUUCUCUGGUUGAGCCACCUGUCUUGCUCAUGCUGAAGCUGGAAACUGGGGUUUGCAGUGUCCAACUCAUCCUUCGACAGCCAUCCCUACGAUUGUUACGGAGAUAAAGUGGUGGUCUGCGGACACCGUCUGUCUCUAUAGCAUGGAUAUGUAAUUCAUAUAUUUAGAACAAAGUAUUUACACCAGUUCCCUUCUGGGGCAUAAGGCCAAGCUGGCAAAUAGCUGUGUAUAAAUCUGGUGUUAGGUGAAAAAUCAAACACGGAAGCAGUGGGUGAUUCUGAUUGUACCCUGAUCUCAUCCAUUCCCUGCCGCAUCUCCCCAGCCCUCGCUCACGUUUAGGAGUGUGGCCCAGGAGUUUGGACUCGUACAGCGUAAGGGGAAUGUGAAUUAGUACGUACGAUCCGUUUUUAUUCCUGAAUCUUAGUAACAUGUGAGUUAACUGCCAUGAAACUCACAAUGGCUCCUCGGUGUUCGGAAGGGUCACACUCGCUGUAACUCCCCCGCGAGGUGAUGCCUUGGCAUCGGGGCAGACGUGCUGCGCUCUGCUUUGCACUCAGUCUCCAUAGGUUUACCUUCUGUGUGAAUGUUUAGAAUUCUCUCUAUGAAAAAUGAUGGCUGGUUUAAAAUAGACCAUGGUAACAAAGUAACUUUAUUGCUUUUUAUAAAAUUGCUAUUUUUCUAUGAUGUAUAAACAGUUCUUAGGUGGCAGAUUUUUAAGGAAGUGCUAUUUUAUUUAAGAGUCUAUCCCUGUGUGUGUGAGGGACCCAAGAGGGCCCACCCUGGCUCUAAAGCCUUUAUCCCGGCUCCAACUUCAGCUCUGCUCCUUUUCAUAGUGUCAUCGAAAACCAAUCACAUGUUCAUUAAUUCUCAUAAAGAUGUUUGCACAGGCAGAGCUGCGAGAUUACAUUAGAAGAUACCAUUCUCAAAAUCAGCCCACAACUUCAUGGUCACCUUGCAGCCGUGCCCACUAGACUUGCCAAACCCCAUCCUUUCAUCUUUGUAUUCCUAUGGGGAAUCUGCCCCAAGAAGAGACUGUUCUCCUGCCUACCUACCGCCUUGCUCCUUUAAAGAAACAUAUAUUUUUGUCUAGAAUGACCUGAUUGAUUAAUCUUGCAUAUUCUGAAAAGUGCUUGGGAACCGUACACAGGUGGCAUACUGUGUGCGUGCGCAUACACCAUGACAGACGUAUGAAGAGGCCUAUGGUUCCACUCUUGCAUUUGCCUGCAUAGUUCGUGAAUUUUGUGCCAUUUCACCCUUCUGCCUGAGGAAGGUAUUCUUGUUAGCUGACAUUUUCCAAAGCCUUUGUCCCCUUUCUUCCCCUCUUACCUAUCUCCCUGUCCUCCCCCCCCACCCCCACCCCAUCCUUGCCUCUCUUUCUCUACUAGUUUUUUGGGACAUUUAGUUAACCUGUUUUCGGACAUGCCAAAUUCCUGCAGUGUGAGCCCAUGCCUGGUCAGUCCUCUGGUCCUAAGCUCAGACAGGACUUCCACAGUCUCUUAUGUACACCAUAUCAUUUUAUUACCUAAGAACCUCACAUGCACUGACUGGACAACACAAAGCAGAGUCCAAGUAGCCUCGACACCUUCCCAGAUGCACACAUCUGCAGUCUUGGUUUGCACCUAUUUCUCAUGGUCGCCCUUGUCCAGAGCUUGGCUCUCAUGGGAAGAGAUCUCCCUGUAGAUCUCCCUGGGGCAGCGGGUAAGCAGGCUGGUGGUCUGCAAUGGUGGUUGAAUCAUCUGCUAGGGGCAAGAGAAGGCUAAGUUAUACUGGUCUCUGUGGGGCUGCACUUCCCUCCUUAAAAGAAAAAAGUGAAAGCAGCCGUGUGCAUGUGUACACAUGUGAAGACCUCAGUGCAUGCCUGUGUACCCGUGUACAUGCUGUAAUGACCUCUGUCAAGUAACCUGAUACCAUCUAAAGACUGUGAGAGAGAGAAGGAUCCUGAAGGAAAACUGUCGUGCCUUAUGUAUCUCAGUCUGAAACAAGCUGUGCUUCCGUCUUGUCUUGUUUGAAAUUGCUUUAUACUUUCCUGCAGCUGGUCAGUCACGUAAUGAACAUUAUAAUUUAACCCUAGUUUUUUCCAUAUUCAAGCCCAUGAGCAAAUCUUUGGGAAAGAAGUGGUAAUGUUAAACUUAGAAACUUGAAAUUUUGACCUGUAACUUUUUAUACUUCUAGGUAAUGUAUAUCCGACCAAAAACCAUUUUGCCAAGGUCUUAAGGUCAAUACUAACCAACAUUCUGUAUGUAAAUUUCAUGUGUGCCCUAACCACCAUUCCAUAUGUUAAUUUCAUGUGUGCCCGUGGCUUUUUGGUAGAAAAAGAUUUCCACAUUCUGUAUUUGUAAUUAUUUUUCUCAUUACACAUGUUGGUAUUCAAUAAUUUGGAGUUUGUAAAAUUUAAAGUUCUAAUUUCAACCAUUUGAACUAAAAAGUACAGGAGGAAUUAUGCCUGUGGUUGUUUCGGAACAUACAGACAUGAUGGGGAAGUGGUUUCUUUGGCUUCUUUAGGGGAAAUUGCCUGAAGGACUGUAAACGAGGUGUCUUACUUACUCUUACAAAUACUUACAGUUGUGUUUCUGUAAGCCCCAGGAACCCUCUAAAGAUGCAACCAGCCCCUACAAGGGACCACCACCAGGGGUAUUUCCAUAAUUAUAAACACUUAUUUCCUUUAUUAAUAAAGACCCUGAAUGUGCAUCA